GGAGAGAGCCACUAAUUCUGUCUUUCCUAAUCCUCCAUUCUGCAAGUCUUCUACGCUCAUUGACCGAGUCCAACACAACACAUGCUAACAAUUUUAGCUCACACUCACAACACCUGAAUAUGGGAGAGGGAUUGUCAGCACAGUGGUAAUCGUGAUUUAAAUAUACAUUCAUAAACCUACGUUGACAACGGUAGAAUGUAAGACAACCGGGACAGGACAGAAGUCAAGAUGGGCGAAGCUCCAAAGGGUUUGCUCUCUGUGAUGCAGAAGCUGAAGGGAUCCACAGAGCUGGAGCUCAGGAUAGUUCUGUUGGGACUGGACAACGCUGGUAAAACCACCUUGCUCAAGUGUCUCGCCUCGGAGGAUGUGAACACCAUUACACCAACACAGGUUUAUGUCAUAGACAGCGCUGACAAGAAGCGGUUUGAGGAAACAGGACUGGAGCUGUCAGAGCUGAUAGAUGAGGAGAACCUCGCAGGCGUUCCCAUACUCAUCUUUGCGAAUAAGCAGGAUCUGUGUACUGCGUCUCCGGCCAGCGAGAUCGCCGAGGGUUUGAACCUGCACACGUACAGAGACCGAGUCUGGCAGAUCCAGGCCUGUUCAGCGGUCACAGGAGAGGGUGUGCAGGAUGGUAUGAAUUGGAUUUGUAACAACCUCCUCAAGAAGAAAUGAACCUUUCUGCUCAAGCUGUACAAGCAUAUAACAUCACCUGUGCGAUAACCACAUGACUUACAUAUAAUCAAGCUCAAAGUGCUCCAAAGGGGUUAGCAUUUUCAAAUUUCAGGAUUAGCCUACUGAAAGUAGGCUAUAAACUUCAAAAUGACUAGAAAGCAAUUAGAAAUGGGGUGCAUUCUACAGACAGACAUCUCUCACAAACAAUAACUGCAACCUAUUUUGAUUGCAUAAAUCAUGACUACCAUAUUGCACUGUACUUUCAAACUGCCUGUUGAUAAUAUCAUCACAGAAGAUUUGGUGUCUGAUGUGGGUGUCUGUUUUGUUUUCCAUAGAUUAGCAAAUUAAUAAAAAUAAAA